ACUUUCACUUUAACAUUUGCUGUUCAAGGAUUGGUUAAUACUUUUGGAGAUCUUCGUGGAACUUUGGCUGCUGUUGAGAGGAUCAACUCUGUUUUGUCUGGAGCUCCAGUUGAUGAUGCCCUUGCUUAUGGCUUAGAAAGAGAACUGAAACAAAAAACAAUGGAUGAUGAAAGCUAUAAAUUGGUCUUAUCUAAUAUUUCUACUGAGAAUAACCAAAAGAAUUAUUUACAUUACAUGUCAGCUCUUAAAACAUCAAGCAAUUUGUGUAACUUAGCUUGGUCUGGAGAUAUUUGUCUUGAAGACGUAUAUUUCUCUUAUCCUUUAAGGCCAGAUGUGGAAAUCUUAAAUGGCCUAAAUUUAAGGCUAAAAUGUGGAACUGUAACUGCUCUGGUGGGUCCUAGUGGUGCCGGAAAAAGUACAGUAGUACAGUUAUUGUCUCGUUUUUAUGAGGUUUGAUUUCUGUUUCUUAUGUUGUAAGA